AUGUCUUCUCCACUACAAACUCAUCAGAGUCUUCGACGUGAGCAAACUCAAGGAGGCGAAUCUACGAGCCCUGUCUCAGCAGAAGCCAACCACAAUACAGCUCUCGAGCGAAAUGAUAAGCAGCACUAUAUUGGCGAAGCAACGGAAUCAGUACAUGAUGUCUCGCGUUCGACUUCACACGAUCAAGUUGCUUCGUCCAUAGGAGAAGACGAUACACGGGAUCUUGAAGCGAGUAUCGCAGAACCGCCUUACACUAUAUUCACGUCGAGUCAAAAGAGAUUCAUCGUCUUAUUGACAGCUUGUGCGGGCUUCUUUUCUGCCGUCUCGGCAAAUAUCUAUUUUCCUGCUUUGAAUUCUCUCACGAAAGACUUCAAUGUCUCCUCCACGCAAAUCAACCUGACUUUGACGACAUAUAUGAUCUUUCAAGGUAUAGCGCCUACUAUCAUGGGAGAUUUGGCGGACAUGGCUGGUAGACGACCGGCAUACUUUGUGUGCUUUGUCAUCUACAUCGGUGCUUGCAUAGGCAUUGCACUAUGUCAAGACUAUGCCUCGCUACUCAUCCUGAGAUGUCUGCAAGCCACCGGCUGUGCUGCAACAAUUGCUCUGGGAAGUGGUGUUGUGGCCGAUAUCGCAACGAGUGCUGAAAGGGGAACGUUCAUGGGCUAUGUCACAUCCGGUCCCAUGGUCGCCCCUGCUUUAGGUCCAGUUCUUGGCGGCAUUCUGGCACAAUUUCUAGGUUGGCGAUCCAUCUUUUGGUUUCUGGUCAUCCUCAGUGCCUGCUACCUUGUACCGUUCCUCAUCGCGUUUCCGGAAACUGGUCGCAAUGUGGUUGGAAAUGGAUCAAUCAAGCCUCAGAGCUGGAAUCGAUCGCUCAUAAACUACCUCCACGAGAGAAAGGUUGCUAAAGCACCAGCCUUGACACGCACGGUAACUCGUGAGAGCAUCCGUCUCGAGGAAGCCCGGCUGGCUAAGGCACGCAAACUGCGCAUUCCCAACCCGCUCAAGACACUCAAGAUAGUCUUCGAGAAGGAUACUGGACUUUUGUUGCUGUACAACUCCUUGGUGUAUACAGCCUUCUACGAUGUGACGGCGAGCAUGCCAUAUCUUUUCGGCAUGAUCUACAACUACAAUGACCUCCAAAUAGGUCUUUGUUUCAUUCCAUUUGGCAUAGGCUGCUUGAUCGCUCCAAUUCUGGGAGGGAGAGCUCUUGAUUGGAACUUCCGCCGUCUAGCCCUCAAGCACGGUUUCCCAGUCGAUAAGAAGCGAGCAACUGAUCUCAAGGACUUUCCCCUAGAGAAGGCUCGCAUUCAGGUUACGUGGCCGCUUGUUGUUGUCGGCGAUGCAGCCUUAUUGUGCUAUGGUUGGGUUAUGCACGUAGAGACCAACCUGGCUGCACCCUUGGUGUUGCUGUUCUUCAUCGGACUCUGCUUGACAGGAGCUUUCAACUGCAAUAGUGUCAUGCUGAUUGAUCUGUAUCCGCUGAGCCCCUCGACGGCGACAGCGGCAAAUAACCUCGUCCGCUGCUUUAUGGGUGCUGGUGGAACAGCCAUCAUUAUCAUCAUGAUUGAGAGUAUGGGCAGAGGAUGGUGUUUCACGUUCAUUGCAGCUGUAGUCAUGCUCUUCUCGCCCAUACUCUGGGUGCUUGAGAAAUACGGACAAGGGUGGAGGAAUGCAAGAACGCAAAGGCUAGAAGAAGAGCAGGCAAAGAAGCAGAAGGCCGAGCAAGAAGAAAAGGCCGAGGAGUUACACGCGUACGAAAGUCAUGCUGAGGGACGAGACAAGGUCUGA